CCACAUCUGGCAGGAACGACCUGCUUACCAGCGAAGGUUCCAGCAACCCGUCUCGCUUCUUUUCAUCGGCCUUCAACCGUCGACUAGCUUUAUCCUCGUUCGGAAUACAGCAUCAACUUGCUGAUACUAUCGGCAUCGGUGUCGCGCCGAGAAGUGCAGUGUCAACGGCCCAUCUUUGGCCGCUUUCUGCAGCUGAUUGUUCUGCAAACUGCACUCGACCUCUGCGCCUGUGCACGACACGUUCUUUUUGCCCCGGAAACGCCCUUACAGCUGACGGUGUCGCAUGAACUUCGUCAUAUUGGACCCCUAUUGCAGCUUUCUGGACGAGUCGGCUGCGAGCCUCAAAAUUCAGCUCUUCGCCGCACAUUGCUGCUCGGUGUCUGAGUCUGUCAUUGCAUAGGUGGUUGGAUUGGGAGUUCGGGUAGUCGCACGCUCAAGUGUUGUUUGCGAUACCAAAAGGAGACCGACGAUGUCAUUCUCUGGUGGAAGCGGGGGCACACUUACACUCCCCUCCCCCACCCAUGUUCACCACGUCGACGUGGGCUCAACCGUUCGGUCGCUCCGGAGAUCCCUCUCACGCUCGCCUUCUAAGUUCAGGCUGUCGGGGAUCGCAUCUCCCACAGCCAAAUUGACUCUCUUGCGUCAGUCGCCUACCCCGUCACCGAAUGAGCAGCUGGAGCAACCCUCCUCUGCAACGGUUCCUGCAACGCCAGCUCUUUCGGCGGGCGCACUCCCUCCCACUUCUUAUUCGGCACCGCCGCAGCUCCAGAACGUUGGUACACCUUUCAGACCCAACAUCAAGCUCUCGGUGCGGUCCGCGAGGGCAAAGCAAAUGACACGGCCGCUAUCACGGAACCGAUUAUCGCCCAAGAGCCCGUUGAAGCGUGUUUUCGGCCCGUCGCCCGAUUUUGGAAACCAGAUUCCGCAAUCCAUCUCUGCCGCGGAAGCGCGGGGUCAAGAAAACGUGGCGUUUCCUGACUGCUCUCUCCGGUCGAGUCCCGCGGCGCGACGUAGUUUCGAGCGACCUUCGCGCCACUCAAUGCACCUUGACGUCUCCGGGUCGACGAAAAACGGCGUUUCGAAAUUCAUCGAGGACAACAGCGAUCCGUUCCCGGCGAUUUCCGUCAGCCCGCUUAAGCGGAGCGAUGCCGCCAUGGGUCUUAGCCAGACAAGUUUCGGGAGCCCUGUCGCGAAGCGGCGCAGUCUCCACAGCAUCUCGACCCUGGGAAGCGAUGUCUCGGUCUUUGACCAGACCCCGGCACCACCUCAGAAUUUCGAUAUCCACGAGGACGGCAAUCACGAGUACCAAUUGACUGGAUCUGCCGCGUCGCCAUUUCAAAACCUGGUUUCCUCGCCAACCCCUGCUGCCCUGCCAAAGCGCACGUCUUCACUGCGCAGGAGCACCUUGCAGCAGCGUCAUGGUAACAACCAACCCUCGUUGGGCCGGCGAGCAGGCGAGAAGCAGCUUGCGCAGCUCGCGAUCGAGCCUGGCACACCGGGCCCCCGGACCAGGCCUAGGCUCUCGCUGGAUCAAUACGUCCCGCCCGAGGAGCGCACGAAUCCCCUCGCUCAGGGAACCCUGCCAAGCGCGACAGCUCAUCCGCUCCAACGCCCAACAAACCAACCCCAUCCUCUGUCCCGCCUUGUCUCGCAGUCCUCGUCUGGUAGUCUCCAUGAGGAUGAGGCCCCAACUCAAAGGCCGCUGCUCUCGCACGUCUUGUCAAAAUCGUUGCCUCCCGGAUCUCACCCACCGGUACAUGAUUCGGAGGGGACUGCGACACCUCACUAUCAAGGAGCCAGGCCGUUGCAGGCGGCUUUCAUGUCGACAGGCCUCGUUUCAAAAAUGAACCGUAACCGGGACGGAGUUCCUCUCGAACACCCGGGAGCUAAAGUCGCCCCGAUGCCCGAUACCCCUUGCAAGAAGCAGCCCUACUACUCGGCCACCUUCCCGCCCCAGGGCGGCGGCAGCGGCGGACGGAGGUCUCGUAUCUCCUUUGGGAGCCCGUCCACGCCUUUCAGUGCGGUCGCCGCACCCAUUCGUGGAAACCUCUUCGGGACCCAGGACAAGUCAGGCAGCGUCAUCUUUCAGCCCCUCCGGUCCGUCCAUACGAGAAAGGGCAGCAUGCUGAGUGUCGAUGGCGAUGAACUCCCUGAAACGCAAGAUGAGCUCCCCCCGACCCCGACGAAGAAUUUGUUUUCCAAGUCGCUCACGGCACCGGCCGAAGGGACCCCUGAAAGCUCGCGGUCCUUCGCCGCUCGGGGCCCCAUGUUUACAUUGGGUAGGGACCCAAGAGCAACUGAUGUUGAUUCGAGGCCUGAUCCCCUGACCGCCGUGGACAUGGAUGCGCAGGAGGAAGGUGGCGCCCAUCCCCCUGAAGCCGUUUCCCGCCCGUCUACGCCCUUCCCCGACGAGUCGCCUCGCAUCGGGUUUUCUUUGGCUUCCUUGGCCGGGAGCCGCACGCACCCUGCAUCCUUUGCCACCCCUGCGCCGACCAGGACUUCACCAGUCUUUUUCGCUACGCUUAACAACGCGGCCAGUCAGUAUGCCAAGGCAGACACUGCCGCCGACGCAGACGCCUCGAACAUGCGGGAGGUAUCACCUCAGACACCCCAUGACGCGGCGGGGUACUCGAUGACGCCGCCCGACCCGAGCAGUUUGUCAAUAUCAAAUUAUCAGGACGGGAACGCAAAGACUUCACGAACCCCGGCCACCCCCAGCAACUCGCACGCCCGAUCACUCUUCUCGAGCUUUGCCGACCGCCGCCGGCUGAGCAUCACUCCUCAGAACGGACAUGGCCCAAGCGACGUCGACGAAUCUUUGGUUUCCCGGUUUGACAGGUCGGAGGUCAUUGGCAAGGGUGAAUUCGCUCAGGUGUAUUGUGUCGUGAAGUCGUCUGCUCCUCCCUCCUUCUUGACGGGAUUCUCGACUACCCCACGGACCCCUUCAAGCCCAAGUUCCGAUCGGGUCUAUGCCGUGAAAAAGCUUCGGAUCCCUUUCCACGGCGCGAGGGACCGCAAGGCGAAGCUUCAAGAGGUAGAGAUUCUGCAGGCCCUGCGUCAUUCGAGUAAGGUGGUGCAGUUGAUCGACAGCUGGGAGCACUACGGCCAUCUUUAUAUCCAGACCGAGUACUGCACCGAAGGCAGUCUCGACGGAUUUCUCAAAGCCGUUGGACAGGCCGGUCGGUUGGAUGACUUUCGAAUUUGGAAGAUUCUCUUGGAGACAGCUCAGGGACUAUCUGCUAUCCACCAGGCGGAUUUCAUCCAUCUUGAUAUCAAGCCUGCCAACAUCUUCAUCACCUUCGAUGGUUAUCUUAAGAUUGGCGACUUUGGCCUGGCAACAAGCUGGCCGGCCGCCAAGGGCAUUGAUGGCGAGGGUGACCGCGAAUACAUUGCCCCCGAGAUUCUGCGCGGCGAGUAUGACAAGCCUGCCGACAUCUUCGCCCUCGGCCUCAUCAUCCUCGAAAUUGCCUGCAAUGUGUUCCUUCCCGAUAACGGUCCCACCUGGCAAGCCCUCCGAGCCGGCGACCUCAGCACGGUCCCUCCGCUCACGUGCGGCGAAGCAGGUGCCAUCGCCCGCGAUGCCAACGGCCUGCCGAUUGAACAUGAUUCGGGCAUUUCCCAGGUGACUGACGGCCAGGACAUUGGGCUCGGCAUCAGUCCCCGCCGCGGGUCAUUCUCAUUUGGUGUAACGACACAUGACCCCAGCAAUCUCUUCGGGGCGCACAAGCGAACCGAGCUGCGGCACCCACCCAGCUUCAUGCUGGAUCCGAAUGACCCUCAUUCUCUGGACAACCUCGUCAAAUGGAUGAUCCAGCCAAGUGCCGCUGAUCGCCCGACCGCCGAGCAGGUGCUGGCUUCAGAACCGGUAGUAUGGAUUUCGAGUCGCCGCACUGCCGGCGCCACCGUCUUCGAGGGUAACUGGGGUCCCCAUGUUGGCCCAUCGGUGGACGAGCUUGUCGACACCGAGAUGACGGACGUUUGAACACCUAUACAACACCCACGAUUUUGGAGCACUAAUCUCUGCUCUUGUGUCUGAAGAUGCUGGAUAUGCCGCCACUUUUGGGGCGUGGCAUACCAGGAGAAUAUGUCUGAGUAGAAUGGAGCCGAAUUGGUCAGCUAUGAGAGCUGGAUACCCAUGGGGAUGGGAUAUCGAGGCCAUUUGGAAUCCGCUAAU